AUGAAAGAAGAAACUCAACCGCAAUUCCUCGAGAAACCCCAAAAUUCGCGCUCGAGAAAUGCGAAUUUCUGCGCUGAUCCGAUUGAUGACACUUUUGUGAAAGCGGCUGAAUUGGAGAAAAAGUUUGAGCGCCGGCCGUCCUCAAAUUUCACAGCAGCAAAUCUCGCAUUAAUCAAUGGAAAAGAGAAAAACGAUCGGGUACAAGACGAAAAUCAAAGAGAAAAUCAAGCAACGAAGAGCGAAUAUGAUAAGAUUUACGCGAACACGUGUGAUAUGUACGAGAUGAUGAACUCAAUCGGAUUCCCUCAGUUCAGGAAACCUUCCUAUAAACCACCAAAC